UGCGCAGUAAUCUUCUUCGUCCCGGUUGAUUGAUUUCGUCGUCGUUGCGCAAUGCGAGCAGGAGAGGGCGAUUGCUUCGGCAACGCUCUGUUCAUCAUGGGCGAGUUCGGGGCAAACGACUACGGCAGCAUCCUCUCCUCCAACAUGACCCUGGAGGAAGCAAACGCAUUUGUCCCCGAAAUCGUCGACGCGAUCUCUAAUGGCGUCGAGAGGCUGAUCCGGCACGGCGCGAGGCACGUCGUGGUGGCGAACAUGGUGCCGCUCGGGUGCAUGGCGUCCAUGCUGGCCCGGUUCGCCGGCGGCACGGGCGGCCAUGACGCGUACGGCUGCCACGAGGGCUCCAACGCGCUGUCGCGGCGGCACAACUCCCUCCUCCGCGAACGCGUCGGCGAGAUCCGGAGCAGCGGCCCGCCACCCGCACGAGACGCAUAG